GCCCGCGUCGCCGGGCCCUUGCAUACGUUUCAUCUCUACAUUUUCUCAAAGCUCACUGUACAUAGUGGGAAUAACUUAUAGUGAUUUUACGAGCAAGGGCAGGACUGAUAGUGUAUUUUUGUCUUAUCCCUUGAUUGAUCUUGACGUGUUCAAUUAAGUUGCGCUGAGAUCUGACAGGAUUCAGUGAGUGCCGAACGAAUUGAUUGAUUGAUACAGUUUAGUUUUGCCGGUUGGCGUAUUGCUGAUUUCUCAGCGAAAUUUUGAAGAAAAUCGAGUCUGUGUCAACGUACUCUUGAAAUUGUUCAAACGCUAACUGGAACCAUGGAUGUGAAAAACUUAUGACGUAACUGGCGUAAAAUAGUCUUCCAAACGGUAUCAAGACUGAACCUGUGAUAGAACCGGCACCACCUUAGCUACUCCAAACCCGCUGAUUUUAGAAUAGGAUUCUGAACAAGACAAUAAUCCCGACCCUCUUUAUGGAGCAAUCUUAUUGUUGUGGAAGGACUUCUUUGUAAAGCGGGGUGGUCCAUGCCCCACGCGGCGCCCGCUAGCGCCAUGUCGGCCGCCCACCCUCCGCGCCACCCUCACUUCUACACCGUCGAGGUCGGCGACACACGGUUCACCAUUCUCAAACGCUACCAGAAUCUGAAACCCAUUGGCUCCGGCGCCCAGGGAAUCGUUUGCGCUGCAUACGACACAGUGACACAACAAAAUGUCGCGAUCAAGAAGCUGUCGCGGCCGUUCCAGAAUGUGACACACGCAAAGCGCGCCUAUCGCGAGUUCAAAUUGAUGAAACUCGUGAAUCAUAAAAACAUAAUCGGUCUCCUAAACGCGUUCACGCCUCAAAGGAGCCUCGAAGAAUUCCAAGAUGUUUACCUAGUGAUGGAACUGAUGGACGCGAAUCUUUGUCAGGUCAUUCAGAUGGACCUCGACCAUGAGCGAAUGAGCUAUCUGCUCUACCAGAUGCUGUGUGGUAUCAAGCACUUGCAUCUUGCGGGAAUUAUACACCGGGACUUGAAGCCGUCCAAUAUCGUGGUGAGGAGCGACUGCACGCUCAAGAUCCUUGACUUUGGGCUGGCACGCACCGCCGGUACCACUUUCAUGAUGACGCCCUACGUCGUCACCAGAUACUAUCGUGCACCGGAGGUGAUCCUAGGCAUGGGGUACACGGAGAACGUGGACAUCUGGUCGGUGGGCUGUAUCAUGGGCGAAAUCAUCCGCGGCGGCGUCCUCUUCCCUGGCACCGAUCACAUCGAUCAAUGGAAUAAAAUAAUUGAGCAACUGGGCACGCCGUCGCAGGCGUUCAUGGCGCGGCUGCAGCCGACCGUGCGGAACUACGUGGAGAACCGGCCCCGCCACCCCGGGUACAGCUUCGAGCGGCUCUUCCCGGACAUCCUGUUCCCCAGCGACAGCAACGAGCACAACCGGCUCAAGGCGUCGCAGGCGCGCGACCUGCUGUCGCGCAUGCUGGUGAUCGACCCCGAGCGGCGCAUCUCCGUGGACGAGGCGCUGCUGCACCCCUACAUCAACGUGUGGUACGACGAGGGGGAGGUGAACGCCCCGGCGCCCGCGGCCUACGACCACUCGGUGGACGAGCGCGAGCACACGGUGGAGCAGUGGAAGCAGCUCAUCUACCAGGAGGUGGUGGAGUACGCCGCGCCGCACGCGCCGCCCGCCGCGCACGCGCCGCCCGCCGACCACGCGCAGCCCGCGCUCACCACAUAGGCAUCUUCCGUUUCUUACGACACGUAGCGUAAGUCGAUGUUUUCGUUCGGUCCCGACGCCAGAGGGCCCGGCAGUUCGCCCGCCCCGGCUGGGCACUUCGCGUUCGACCGGCUCGCGUCGAGGAGUGCCUUUUGCGGAUUGCUGAAAACGGUGAUCUCUCCGCUUGAGGACUGACAUUGACGAGUUUCAAUAUUUUUCUAACGGAACACGUUUGUAAUACGUGACGAGUGAUUCCCUGAUUAUUCAAUAUUUUUAUCAACUGUUUUUUGUUUUGAUCGAAUCGAUAAUGUAAUAGAAUAGAAUUAAAUAUAAAGACUAAUUAAGUAGAAAGUUGAGCUUAAUCUGUGUUGUUGUAUUUUUGUUUUUAUUGUCCAAUUGAUAGUGUACGCGUACUCGUAAACCUAUUAUAAUGCGCAUAUUCACUGUUGCAAGUUUCUGUUCUAACCCUGACCCGUCAACGACACUAUAUGGAAGUGGAACAUGAAAGAGCGGUGCCGUUCGCUAACAGUUUUCCCCGCGUGCUCCGUACAAGAUUUGUGAUUGUUAAAUUUGCAAUUGUGGACCUUAAGUGCGUGGUCUUUGAAUGAAUCUCUCGGUAAUGUUGUGUUUUUUAGCCAUACAAACCAGAUAGUUACUUGGGAUUUUGUGAUGUUCAUAGUUUUUCGUAAGUAGUAAAUAGGUCGUUGUUGAUAAUAUUGUAUUGACUGUAUGAGAGUAGAUCAGUAAGUACAUUUCUACCUAAGUAGUCUCUUAUAGAUCACCUCACACGUUGUAGCCGACUGAAACUAAAUACGUAAAAACCAACAAGUUAGUUGUUACCCUGUUCGUUUGGCUGUAUCAAACGGUUGGUAAAAAGUAUUUUGUAAUGUUCCCAAAACUGUAUUAUGCAAAAUGUCAUAAAAAUGUUGUAUUAAAAAGCAAUAUUUUUAUGUUACGCAAAGGCUUAACGUGUGAGGUCCAGUAGGAUAUUGUUUGAAACCUCACUAGGUGAUAUAAUUAUAAAUUAAGGAUAAUAAAAUACGUGUAUCGGGUGGUUUCAGUAAAUAGCACAAUUUGUUAGCUGUAAACCUGGGCGGUAACAAGCGUGAUGUUGUGGCAGUUGGGAGUAAAGAUUAAUGUUCAAAUAAAGCAAUAAUCAUUGUUAGUUUCAUAUCCUGAUUCCGGUUCCUGGGCGGUCGGCGUAGCGCACAUUUGGCCCGACACUUCGACGCUAAAACAUAUCACCGAAGUUUAUUUGUCUACGUCUUUCUGUUCUCGUGCGAAACACCGACCGUUUUGCUGUUAAAUAAUGUUGCUUUACUUUUGUUCCAUAAUGCUGUAGGUCACACGAUAAUGUUUAAAAAUCAUAAACCCAUAGUUCAAAGUCAAUUGUGUCACCUAAAGGCGUAAUAAAAUUAUAAUAAAGUUUGGCUCAAAAAUCAAAGUACCUAGAGUCGAAAAUAAAAUAAAUAAUUUAAAAAAAAUGGGCUAAGUAUGUAAAUUUUCACAUUGAUCUAUGAGGAAAGUUUUAAUGAACCCUUGAAAGUAUACUAUAAUAAAUCUAUUUUAGGUCUAAAAAUAAGUGUACAUAUUUAACAUUAAGAUGGAACGAAAGUGAAGAGAACAUAAAGCUAUUUAGUCAUUCUGUUUAUCACUAUAGAUUGAAUAAUUAAAUUCGCAACUGUACGUCCAAAUUGUCCAUUUAUAUGUUAAUGUACCUAAUACAAAUUACAAUAAUGUAAUCUUUAGCAUGUAUUUUAGUACACUUGGUAACAAGGUUUAAGGUAGUCGCAAUGUUGAACGCUGGCCGCGCGGCUUCUAGCGAUAUACUUGAGGACUA